ACAUAACCUAACUGUCAAAUCAGGGAGAGAUCUGUAGAUUUUAAUUACCAAGAUUUGAGCCCUAAUUAUUAAAUAACAAUGGGAAUUAUAAUGAGUAGUGGUGUAAAACGAUACUUUUAUCCCGAGGUAACACCAGAUCCAGCCGAACAACCAUCGUUUGACCCGUUACUUGGUUUCCCCAAUGGACGACCCGAAAGAGUAUCGAAAGUUACCGAUGCGGAAUUAAAAUCGGCGUUAAUCCCCCUUGAACACAGAGAUUUUUGUGCUGAUCUCGCUAUCGAUUACAAAAGAUGCAGGAGAGACACUUUCCCUUUUGUCGUUAAAUGUUCGCACGAAAAACACGCCUAUUUGAACUGUAAAUAUGAAGAUUUUGUUAUUAGAGCUAAGGAAUACGAGAGAGAACGCAGAUUGAAAGUCAAAGCUGAAGAAGCUAAGAGACGCAGUGGAUAAGGAAAACAAUAUAUUUUUGUUAGUCAGGUUUGGAUUAUUAGUCAUUUAUUGUAUAUACACAAGAUAUUAAAUAAAAAAAUUAAGUUAAAAUUCACUUUCAAAACCUAUAUUGUUAAAGUAUCCAACUUUUACAUACGUAUUUUUAAAAAUAAAUUAAUUUGGCUUAACACUUGUUAUAAAAAUUCAUUUUUUAAAGUAUACUAUUGAAGUAAAGCUUGCAGUUGUUUCACGCA